UCGGUGACUUCUAUAAUUCCGUAGAAAGAAAUUACGAGAAAUUACAUUUCCCUUGUGAAAUUUAAACACUUUGCACGAAGAUCGCCAUUGUUAUGCGUUCCUAAAGUGUAUUACUACGUUUUUGCAUAAUAUAAAUCAAUGAUCGUCAGUGUUUUGUAACUGUAAAAUUUAAAACAUUAGAGAAUGGCUAACAACCGUAUCCCGUCGGGGCCCAACACUCCGGGCAGUCAGCAGACCCCUACCCAGCAGGGUAUAAAAAUAUUCAUACAGAGGGACUACUCGGAAGGAACUGCGGUCAAGUUUCAAACAAGAUUUCCACCUGAAUUAGAAGACAGGAUAGAUAGACAAACAUUUGAAUUCACUAUGGAGAGGUUGAACGAACACUUUGAAAUGGCAGAGACUGCGGACUGCAGCACUUAUUGCGAGGGGUGCCUUGCUUGCCUUACAGCUUAUUUUAUCUACAUUUGCACGGAGACACAUUAUGAGAAGCAUCUCCGUAAAAUAUCAAAAUUCAUAGCAACGCAGAAUGAAAGAGUGUACAACCCAAGGGGUAUUCAUAUAACAGAUCCCAUACUCCGCGGUUUAAGAGUUAUUGAGAUAACGAUAAUCGAUAUCCCAAACUGCCAGAGUCCAACGGGUAAUUCUACAAACUCACAGCUAAGGCACACUUGACCACCACACGAAAAUAGGGAGUUCUUUAUGUAACAAUUAAGAUAUUGGUUUUAAUAUAUUUGGUGCUUCGUUACUUAGAUUAAUACAGUCAUAUAGAAAUAACUCUUACACCCUGGCAUAUAUUAAUAUGAAAUCAAACAAUGCAUCUGUGCUUAGGUUCUACCUAUAAGAAUAUUGUGAGCUUUUAUAGUAACAUUUGUUAUUAUGGGUGUUAUCCUAACAAAUUUCACUUUAAUGAACAAUCCAUACUAAUAUUAUAAACACUAAAGUAUGUUUGUUUGCUAGCCCUAACUUGGCAAUCAUACCCUUGAUUUUUAACAUAGAGUGAGUUGAACAGAUACACAGUAGACUAAGAAGGAAGAUAUUGUUGCAAAUAAGUUUUCAAUAACACAACUUGAGUUGAAUUAAGUUGAAAAGUCAAUCAAUGCAGUGGAUGAUUUAAAAAUUACAUGGAAAAUAAGUUCAUCUGUUUACAUAUAAUACAUAUGUACAUUCAUUAAAUAAAAUAAUUGCCUUUAAUAGUCAUCAUUAUUUAUUAUUGCAGAUUGUUGAUUUCACAUGUUUUUGAGAACAGUAACAAGAACUCUCAGGCAUGCAGGUUUCCACAUCCAUACAUUUUUCAUUAUGAUUUGAUUUUCAGUAAAAGCAAGUGAUAUUGAAUUGCUCAAAACUGUCAUAACUCUGAAAAGUUGCCUAACCAAUACCACUUAUCUUGGAAGUGUGAUUUAAUAAUAAUUUAGGAUGUAGUGUUUGUAUUCUCUUUGAUUUAGACAGACUAAUCAAUAUAAAAUCACUGUGUUAGACCUGGAUGCUCUUGAAAGAUAGUGUUGCAGUAUUUCUAAAUAGGGUAACACAGCUGAGAUUUAUGUAUCUUAUAUAUAUAUUUUAGAUUAUGUUCUGUAAAUUCAAUGAUUGUAUUUCAUAAAUCACCCACUGCAUUAAACAUUGUUGUAAUUGUGUGUUCCUGUUAUUAAAUCAAGGUUGAUUUAUUAUUCUUAAUAAGCUACAAUAUUUUACAAAGAUCGCUUAAUAGUGAGUGAGAGUACAAUGGAAAUAGUUCAGGUAAUUUUCUUUAUUUCAAAGUGAAAACUAUUUUCUUUAUCCAUUACCUACUUGGUAUAAUGAAAUAAAAUAUGUCUUAUUUUAUUUCAUUAUACCGAAUUUGAAUAAAUAAAAAUCCUUAAAAUGAUAAGUUAGCAAGCUACAGCAUCUUCAAAUGAUAACGUUUUUAACAAACUGCGAUAAAACAAAAACUUAUCACAGUAGUUUCAAGUGUUGUUGAUAAGGGAAUAUGUAAGGAUAUUUCAAAAAUAUAGUGUUUAUUUGUUAUGGUUAUUUCUAUAUGCUGAUACAGCCAAAUUGGACAAAAAGAUAAUUCCAGAUGUUUGUGAAACUAUGUUGUUUUUGUUGGGGAAUAUAAUUUUAUGAGAGUUAUAUAUUAUAUUAAAAAUAGUAAUAAUAUUGGUUUUAUAUGUGAACCAGUUAUGUAAACCAUAACAUAGAACCGUAUUUUUAGCACAAGAUUUCAUUAAGCACAAUACACUUAGUAUAAGAUCUUCACACUCGCAAUCGAAGAGUCUUUUUCUAGUGUUGGAAACAUUACAAAUACCAAUUUUACAUAAUUUAUCUAGUAUACAGUUUUCUUUGUCAAAUGAUGCAAAAUAUAAUAAAUUAAUUUAAAAUGGUUGAACCAAAAACUAAGCUAAAAUCUUGCGAUUUUGUGGUAUAGCUUUUGGAUCUCUUCCAUUCUUUUAUAUGGAGAAAAAUAAAGCUCAAAUUUGCCUACAGCUCUUCAUCUUGGGCUUUUGUCAGAACGUUUAUAAAUCAAAAAUCCGAGGUACAGGAUUUCUGAGUGCCAUUCGGUCCUUUGACUUUGAAAUUGACUCCUCGAUUGCGAGCGAGCAAACCUUGUACUAAGGUACUUGUCACAAUA